GAGAGUCUCCAGUGACAAGUCGAGGUGCAGGAGAAGCUUCCGGAGCUUUGCCUUCAAGCCGAACUUUUGGGGUACGAUAAGAUAAGGGGACUGACUAUCUUAAAUGCUCCGGUAAAGCUUUGGUUGACCUGCAUGAGUUCCCGUCGCCGGGUCUCCGAGAAAAAACAAAAGAAUGGGACAAGAGUCGGAGCAGGGUAGCCGCCGACUCGCCGUGCCUGAUCCCUGUGUCACUGCACCACCUAAACAGCAGUGCGAUUGGAAGCUCGUGGGCUACUCCCAGGCUGCAUACGGAUACCUUUAAGCCAUAACAAGACUGCUACACCCAAGUCACCCGACAAACCCCUGGAGGACGAAGACUCAGGACCAAUCUACAUCACAUAUUUUUCUCAAGUAAAAGGAGCUUUUCAAUCUAUUACGACCAAAUCAAAUCCACGCCGCCGCCGACUAUGGCAAGCAACGCCAAGUCGAGGUGGGCAGACAGCGAGGAGGACGCAGCCCUGGAAGCAAAACUGAAGCGAGAAAAGGAGGAGAAGAAGCGUCUGAAGGCCGAAAAGGCGCGCAAAGCAGCCGAGGCGGAGCGAAUGGCGCAGCAGCCGAGGGCGGCGAGGGCGGCGAGGAGCAGCAAUGGCACCGAGAACAACGACGGCGACGACGACGACGACAGUCACAGCGCACGGCCAGCGAAACGGCGCAAGUUCACGCCCGACGCGGAAGACAGGACAGCAGCCAACGGCGAUGGUGGUGCUGCACCGCCAGAUGCCAAAGAGGGCGCGGCGAAGCUCAUGCGCUUCCCCGUCGGCCACUGGGGCAAGUGCCGGAGCGUGGAGAACUACGACAAGCUCAACGAUAUCGAGGAGGGUACAUACGGCUGGGUGUCACGGGCCAAGGAAGCUUCUAGCGGCAAGGUCGUUGCGCUCAAGAGGUUGAAGAUUGAACCGAGUGAUCGCAAUGGGCUGCCGGUGACGGGGUUGCGGGAGAUUCAGAUCCUGCGAGAUUGCAGCCAUCGCAAUAUCGUCAAUCUCGAGGAGGUUGUGGUAGGAGAUGACACUUCAAAGAUUGAAAACAUCUUUCUAGUACUAGAAUUCGUCGAACACGACCUUAAGAGCAUCCUAGAAGAUAUGCCCGAACCCUUCCUCCUCUCCGAAGUCAAAACCCUCCUCCGCCAACUCACCGCCGGCAUUGCCUACCUGCACGACAACUGGAUCCUCCACCGCGACCUCAAAACCUCGAACCUCCUACUCAACAACCGCGGCCAGCUCAAGAUUGCAGACUUUGGCAUGGCGCGGUAUGUCGGCGACCUAAGCCCGAAGCUGACCCAGCUCGUCGUGACGCUGUGGUACCGCUCGCCCGAGCUGCUCCUCGGCGCCAAGUGCUACGGUAAAGCCGUCGACAUGUGGAGCGUGGGCUGCAUCUUUGGCGAGCUCCUGACACGGGAGCCGCUGCUGCAGGGCACCAACGAGGUCGACCAGGUGACCAAGAUCUUUGAGCUCUGCGGCGUGCCGACGCAGGAGACGUGGCCCUCGUUCCGGAGCCUGCCCAACGCGCGGUCAUUGCGGUUUCCGAAGACGCCCAACGCGACGGGGUCCAUGAUACGGACAAGGUUUACGACGCUGACGAAUGCCGGGUGUAAGUUGCUCAACGACCUACUCUCGUUGAACCCGGAUUCGAGGCCGUCGGCCAAGGAGAUGCUGGAGCACAAAUAUUUCAGGGAAGAUCCGAAGCCCAAGAAGGAGGGUAUGUUCCCAACGUUCCCCAGUAAAGCUGGCCAGGAGAAGAGGCGAAGACAUGAACCGAAUGCUCCCGUGCGUGGGCAGAAUGCGGCAGACCUAGGUGACGUCGACUUUAGCGGCAUCUUCCAGGGCAGAGAUAAGGAAGAGAAAGGUGGCGGAUUCUCACUUAGGAUGGUGUAGAAGAGUUGAUAGUUCAUACGGCCAUGCUAUCAGCCAGUAUCAUCAAUUAAGCUGUAUAUCAAGAUAACACUCAUAAACGUCCUGAGUUUACCUAUAUGCGGAGUCAUAUUUUGCCCGACCAUGCUUCGACACUAAACG